UUUUUUUAUCUUAAAGAUCAGUGUGGAAAUCUUCUCUUAGAGAACAAAUUUUUUUUUUGUUCAUCUUUUGAAUUCUAUCACAAAACCCAUUCCUUAGCCUUUGCUUAAACAAUCCCCACAACCUGUCCUUCCUCUGAUCUAAAAUUCCACUAUCAGUCACUAAUAAAAAAUUUAACUCCUUCUAUGUUUUAAAGAAUCUCUUACUGUGAGAGAAGGAUGCUUAUGAGAAGUUAAUUUUGUCCAAAAAUAAUUUUUAUUUAAAAAGAGGAACUAGUUUAGCACACAUAGAAGAGUUUUUUUUUUUUAAGUGCCAGCUCCAAUCAGUUAAUGGUGGCUGUCUUGUGGCAUGGUGCUGUGGAUGAUUCUAGUGAAAGAGUAAUGUAUAUAAAGGGUGACAGUCUGAAAGCAGUCAUCCAAAGCAUUUGUCAUCGCUAGAGUAACAGGUCCGUUUCUGGUAGCCCCAGGAAGCUUAGAGUAUGGUCUCAAGGGAGCCACUAUAAGGAUGCAAGACAGAAAGAGAUGCUGAGCAUUAGGACUGUUUAGGGAACCCUGGAAAGCCUAUGGAAACCUGGCAAAACAGUCUUCCCUUGCGUGGUUUUAUACCACACAAGUCAUCCAUAUUCUUUACCAUAAGCUAACGUGUCCCAACUCUAAGUAAUGACAGAUUUGUUGUUUUUCAGGCAAAUGUAUCUCUUUCACUUAUGAUAUUUUUUUUUGCCUAGGAAACCAGAUAUGAAAUUAUGUGUGUAGCAAAAUCAAGCAAUGAGCUUCCAGUCUUAAAGAUUAUCUUAUCCAGACCCUCCAUUUAUAAAUGAGGAAACUGAGGACAGGAAUGGUUAAAGUAGAAACCAGUCUACUUUAAAGUAGAAACCAGGUCUCCCAUUCCCAAAACUUUGGGGCUUUAAGUUUAGCUUGAACUUCUAAGUUAAUUCAUAGUCACCAGUGUCCUACCCUAGACUAAAGAACUGGAUUAUAGGCAAAGCAGAAAGCAGUAAAAGCUGGUAUCUCAACUUUUACUACUAGCUCUUGGAUGGUGUGAGUUCUGACAUCAGAAAGACCUGAAUUUCUACCUGUGAGUCCAUGAGCAAAUUAUAUGAGCCUGAGUCUUCACUUAUUAUUCAAGAAAUAAGAAUACUGCUACCUAAAUACAGUCAUAUAAAGUGCUAGACUUGCAGCAAACACUCAGUAAAUUAGGUUGCAUUCUCAUGGGUUUGCUUCCCAAAUCUGUGCUCCCCACUCUCACUAGGGGCCUAAAAAUGUGUCCAGCACUGGAACUAGGGUCGUCAUCAUUUAUCUGAAUCUGUCAUUGUAUGUGUUUACUUGAUCUCCUGCCAUUUUAGAACUUUGUACAUGUCAACAGGCAUUUCUAGGAAAUCAGGUAUUUACCAAAAGCAUCUAUUGAUUACUUUAUUUCAAGUUCUGUGUGAUGUAACCUUGAAAAAACAAGUAGAUUCACAAGACUCAUUUUAAAAUCCAGUAUUCAUUAAUGAAUGCUAUCAGAAAUAUUUCUUCAUUAUCAUGAAUCUCUUUAAUUUUUUCAGGAUUAUAGUGGCCUGGGGAAAAUAUUCACCAGAAGAAGUUUAAUUAUUAAUAGUAAUUACUUGGAAAGAAUAUAAAAGGAUUAUUCAAUUCUCUCAAAUGAUAGAACACCUUCUAUAAAGUUUAUCUGAAAUAAUGAAGACUGUUAGAUUCAUAUCUUUUUUCAUUUUCUUCAGCUACAUUAGAUGUCAGACUCUUCAGAGAAGUUUACUAGAUGCAGGUAGGGAAUUCUGUUUAUAAUCUAUACAUCCUUGUGCCAGGAGGUGUAACGUCAUGACAAAAUUUCAUAGAUAGAAAAAGAGAAUUAAUAUAUAUUGGGGAAACACAAGCAGGAAAAACACAUGGGGAAACACACACAUCUUCCAGUCUAGAUGACAGAAUGAUAUAUUUUGAACUUGUAUUUAAAAUUGGAUAAAUUAUUUUAGGUUUAUAUAAAUACAUUUAGAUUGAGUGUUUAUAGACUAAUAUCAUGAGCUACAUUAUUCAGUACCUACUAUGUUCCAGGCACUGUGCUCAUUGCUUCACACAUAGGCUUUCAUUUAAUCCUAACCAUUAUCCAGUAUAGUAAAAGUGAUUAACAUUUGAUUGAUAAAGACACAAGAAUUCUGAGUGCUUAAGUUACUUUCUCAAGGCCAUAUUCAGUUUCAGAGCUAGAAACUGAACUCAGAAUAACUGUCUCCAAAGCCUUUCCCUGUUAAUAUUGCUAAUGAUAUGAUUUCUUUAUUAAACAGAUAGCGGCUAAACUCUUUAGACUUAGUGACUGCACAAUAGCAAACUCUUUAGAAGCUAUUGGUAUAAGAAGGAAGACAUAUUUUCAAUAGAGAGCAUGUGUAUGUGUACAUGGUGAGCGAGAGUGAUGAAGAUGUUGAGUAAAUCUUAGAUGUAUGAGAUACUGUCUUUGCCACAUUAAGACUAGCAAAGUACUAAUGUUUAUAUUGUUCCUAAUGCCAGCAUUUAAUUUUCUUAGUAUUCUUUGAGUGUGCUAGUAACUUCUAAUAAGAGUUAUUUAAUUAAAAAGUCAAGUUUAGCUAACUCAAAAGUGUCAAUACAGAUAUGUGUAACAUUUGUUGGCCAAUGACAGAGAAGAAUAUAUAUUUGACAGAUUUCAACUACAUGAUAUUUUGGACUAUAAAUAAAUCAUUCACAGAAUACAGGUUAAAUAUAAGAAAUGUUCUCAGUUGGUCAGUCAUGUCCAACUCUUUGUGGCCCCAUGGACUGAAGCCCACCAGGAUCCCUUGCUUAUGGGAUUCUCCAGGCAAGAAUACCAGAGUGGGUUGCCAUGCCCUCCUCCAGGGGAUCUUCCCAACCCAGGGAUUGAACCACGUCUCUUAUAUCUCCUGAAUUGCAGGCAGAUUCUUCACCACCAGAGACACCUGGGAAGCCCAAAUACAAGAAAAUAUAUAUUCUUAUAAAAUGUAUCCUGAUUUAUGAUGUAAACAAAAACAGAUCUGGAAAUUUAUGAGUGAAUAAAUGUAGAUUUGAAUUGUAAAAAGGGAAUUUCAACUUGGAAAAUUUCCUCUUUUGCAAAUAAAAAUCUCAUUUUCUUUUUUCCCAGCCACGCAGCAAACAAACGACCAGAAUUUUCUAGAGGAGAACUUAAGAGCUAUCACUAGCAUUAUGGUUGCAUAGUUUCUUCAGAAACUGACUUAUGAAGAAGUACAAAUCAUAGCUCAAGAGUUGCUAGAUCUUGCAGAAAAGUGCAAGACCCUCAAGUCACAUGAAUUACCUUCAGCAUCCUGUCACCAGUUGAUGGCUAUCUUCCUAGAGCAUAUUUGCAGUAACCAAGGAAUGGCUGACAAAGGUGUAUUUUCUGACUCUUGCAACAUAAAUAAGACAGCAAGACAUAAGUGCUUCCUAUUACAUGAAAAGGAUGAUACAGGUUACACUGAAAUAUUCCAGAUUUCAAAUCCUGAGCAGAUCUGUGAAAUGGGCAAAGAGAAUCAAGUGCCAGUGAAAGACGGAUUUUAGACAUUAAACUGUACACCAGAAGUGAAUGAACAGACCUGGCGACUUGAUGCUGAACAAUGUAAACACCUUUAAUUCAACCAUCCAGAAACCUCCCAGGAGUUACUGAGCCUUCAAGAAGAACUUAAGUGGCCCAGUCACUGAGGGUGAAAAGACUAAGGGACAGCGGGUUGGGCAGGUUCUAACUUGUCUGACAUGAGGAGCAACCAAAUGAAAAUAAAAUAUGAGCUUGGCUACCUAUUUACUAGCCAUUCUAGGUACAUUUAUGAAACUUCUAGGAAGCAUCCAUUCUUGUAUGGACCCACUAUUUUAACCAUGUCUGUUUGCUAUGAAACAGCUGUUCAGUCAUGUUGCCGAGAAGAAAAUAAGACUGAAUGCUUCCAGACAAAGCUGGAACCCACCAGAAAGUACGUUAGAGAAAUAUCUUUGAGGCAUCACCAUUUAUGUGAAAUUGGGAUUAAAUUCAACCACAAAGUAGCAACAGCCAUGGAAUUGGUUCUGUUGACUAAAAAGCAACCUAAAGCUAAUUUUUCUGAAAUUACCAAGCUGGCCGCCGAUAUUAAAAACUUGCAUCAGAUCUGUUGUAAAGGAAAUGCAGUAGUGUGUGUACUUGGCAGGAGUCAGCUUAUGAACUACAUCUGCUCUAAACAGGCUAUUCUAUCUAGCAAAUUCUCUCCAUGCUGUGAACUGCCAGAACCAUUCCGAGGAGAAUGCAUUAUCAACUCGGAAAACGAGGACAAACCUGAUCUCUCAUCCCCGCCCCUUCGCAGGUUUACAGAUCAGUCUGUAUGCAAACAAUUCACUGACAAGCAAGAUUUCUUCCUACAAAAAUAAUAAGGCUUUUUGUUUCUUUAUGAAUACGCAAGAAGACAUCCAGAGUCGGCAGUUCCAGUCAUUUUAAGAGUGGAUGCAGUAUAUCAAAAUUUACUGGGAACAUGCUGUAAAUUAGAAAACCCUCUGGAAUGCUAUAGCCAUGGGGAAGGGAUGUUUCAAAGAGUGGUUCGUGAAAGCCAUGAGCAUGUGAAAAAUCAGUGUGAUGUACGUUAGAAAUUAGGAGAUAGUAACUUUCACGACAGAUGUUAAUUUUUGCUCAUAGUCUUUUAUACGAAGAAAGCCCCACAGCUGUCUGCUCAGGAGUUGAUUGUUCUCACGAAGAACAUGGCAGCUGCUGCUAGCAAGUGCUGCCCACUGGAUCAAGAGCCCCAGUUUGUCUGCAUGGAGGACUCGGCAAAGUUAAUUCUUGGAGCUCUAUGCAGAAGGCAUGAGACGGAGCCCAUCAGUGCUGCUGUGGGUCAGUCCUGUGAUGACUCGGAUGCCUUCAGAAAGCCUUGUUUUGAUGACCUGCAAGUCGAUGGAACUUACAUUCCUCCACCAUUAUCCUGUGACCAAGUCAUCAACCUUAAAGAAGACUUGUGCAAAGCUCAAGAGGAGGAAUUAAAAACUGAAAAGCUAAAACUCCUCAGCAACCUUGUGAAGCAGAAACCGUAUGCAGCAGAGAUGCAGUCCCAAUCAAUUAUUGUAGAUUUUGCUUACCUGGUGGAGAUGUGCUGCCAAGCAGAGACAAGUGAAAUGUGUUUCCAGGAAGAGGGGUUCAAACUGAUUGAAAAGUGCCAGCUUCUUUUGGGAAGCUAAAUGAUUCCAGAAAAUGUCAUCGUAGGAUCUUUGUUGAGAACUGCAUUUUGUUUUUCAUGAAUAAUGAAAUGCAUGUUUAAUACUCAGAAUAAAAAUCAAUAGUGUCA